GCCGUUUGCAUUUUCAAAUUUCUUCCUUGCUCUGAAAAGAUUUCAUAUGUCGAAGGAGAAAGUAAUCAUCGAUCUCUGUAGCUCGGACGAGGAGGAGGAAGAAGACGGGUUCGGUGAUGAGAAUAACUGUGAGGAAGAGUUUGAUGAAACGGAGGAAGAAGAAGAUACGACUUCAAGUGAGGAUUGGAGUCACGAUGAUGCUGCGGAGUCAGAUGUGGAGGAAGAUGACGGGACCACCGAGGAAAAUGACGAUGAUGAUGACAAAAUCACUCGACUGCUCACAGCCGGAGGCGAUUUGAAAGCUCUAAAUGUAAAAGAAUGCAAAGCAUACCUGAGAAAGCAUGGUCUAAGAUUAUCUGGCACAAAAGCAGUUUUUAUUGAGAGAAUUGUUGAGCAUUGGAGGAUAAAAGAUGGGAGCGGAAAAGUACUUUAUCCAAUAUCAUCUUUUGCUAUCAAUUGUAAAGGUGAUGUCUGCAAAGGAGACACUGUUUUGUUUACACAGAAGGUUCAUCAGAAGUAUGAAAAGGUGAAAGGGAGUGGAAAGAUUAUGGGGAGAAGAACUGUCGCUGGCCAGGUUGUUAAAGAAAGCUAUGGUACUGCUAAACAGCAACACACUUUCACUAUUGAAGUGCUUUGGUGUGAGGGGAUACAGAAAUUGCCUCCGUUAUACCCUUUACUAGUGAAAGGACGAAAUCUUUAUAGGUUAAUGACCUUGAGGCAGCGAUGGGCUGAUGAAGAAGACAGAGUAAAAGUUCUUUCUGAAAAGCAUAGCCGUGGUGCCGCAGCAAGAAGAGUUAUGAGAGAAAGGAAAAUAAAGUCAGGCUAUGUACUAAUAGAUGGAAGACUUCAAAAGCCUGGUCGUGUGAAGAAGCCUUGUGCAGUAAAGACAAGAAAAAACGAGAAAGAUGAGAAUCAAACCCAGAGGUUUAGACAAGACAUCCCGGCUAAUCACUCACUUGUUGCUUUUCCAAACCAAAAUCCUUCACAGGUCCGUAAGAAUCCAACCCAGUCGAGAAAUAAGAAUCCCACUUUUGAUUCCUACAAUUCCCAUUAUACAUAUGCGCCUCGUCCAUACGCUCCUUUCAAUGUUCCCCAUUCACAUCUUCCUCGGCCAAACAUUCCUCCUUCACGCUCAUAUGCUUAUUCAACACAACAAAACCAAUCAAUCCAAAGGCCACCACCAGCUUUCUACAGUGGAAGACCUACUUCUAAUGCUCUGCGGGGACAAGCGUAUUUCAACCCACAUGCCAAUACACACGCUGUGCCAGUUACACAUCAGAGGAGGCCAAACGAUAACAAUCAUACCCACCAUACCAGCUCGAACAGUGGCUACAACUACGGAGUCAGGGACCUGGAUCACUUCUCAGAUAUGAUGAUAAGCCGCAGAAGAGAAGGAGACAGAUACAGGCAGAGUGAGGACGCUCGCAGACCAUUCAAGAACCAUCAUACCACCGACUAUUCCGACUCCAAUAAUGGCUACAACCAUGGAGCAAGGGACUUAGACAUGAGAAGCCACGGAAGAAAAGGAAACACACACAGGCAGAGUAGGGACACUUUGGGGGAGGUAUUCAAUUAAAUUCUUUAAUUGAAUUAGAAGAAAUUAGACUUUCCAUAAAAUUCUAGUGUUAUUCAAAGAUGUAUAUCAUGAAUUCUUUUAAAUUCAUGUGUUAUUGAAUUUCGGUUAAAGUUAUUAUGAAUCCUUCAUGUUUUUGUUUCUUUGAUUUGACUCUGUUGAUUUAGUCUUCGGAAUUCCAUGAAAAGCAAAUGUAUUGCUUGCCCUGUUCAUGAAAUUUCUCAUUUCACUUUUUGUGGAGAAAAUAAUCUAACGGUAAUUUUCUUUCCUCGUCUAUUAUUUUACCUUUUUACCCUUACGUUUUUACUUUUAU